AUGUUUAGAUCAAUUACUCAAAGAGUAAUUAGAAAUAAUUGUUAUAAGCAAUCUACUAAAAGUAUUACAUCAUCAACAUCAUUUAUCAAUAACUCAUUAUCAUAUACAACCACCUCAAAUGAAAAUGAUAUAAAAGAUAAAAAUGAAGAACAUGAUCAUAGAGCAAAAGGAAAAGGAAGAGAACUUUUAUUAUCAUUUGAUAAAAGUGGUUUAGCACAAUUUCCAAAACAAGUUUUCAAAAAUAGAAAAUAUCCAAUUACAGAUUUUGAAAAAUAUUUACAAGAUAUUACAAAAGUUCGAGGACCAAUGUCAAUUGAUACAUUUAUUAAAGAAGUUUUAACAAAUCCAAAAUAUGGUUAUUAUAUGAAUAAAGAUGUUUUUGGUAAAGGUGGUGAUUUUAUAACAGCACCAGAGGUAUCACAAUUAUUUGGUGAAAUGAUUGGUAUUUGGUGUGUUGCAACCUGGGAAGCAAUGGGAAAACCAAAGAAAUUACAAAUAGUUGAAAUGGGUCCAGGUAGAGGCACACUAAUGAAAGAUAUAUUACGUAGUACAAAAGUAUUCAAAGAAUUUUAUGAUUCAAUCUCAGUUCACUUGGUUGAAGCAUCACCAGCUAAUAAAAAAACACAAAAGCAGAAUUUACUAUAUUUCAAAGACAAAGCAAUCAAUUUUGAUCAUAAAACCAUCGGUGAGACUCCAAAUGGUAUAAAAGUGACAUGGGUUGGAAAAUUGGAGGAAGUUCCAACCGACAUUCCAACAUUAUUUUUAGCACAAGAAUUUUUCGAUGCCUUACCAAUUCACGUAUUUAGAUUCUCAAGAGAGAAGAACGACUGGUGUGAGGUGCUAGUUGAUGAAGACAUCACUGAGCAUGGCGAGUAUUAUCUUAGAUUCGUUCAAUCAAAGGGUCCAACUUUGAUGACAACUGCCGUCAAACAUUUAUUACCAGAGUUUGGUUUGGAUGGAUACCAAGUUGAGUUGGGUUUAGCAGGUUUAGCAAUCUCUCAACAAAUAGCUAAUCGUAUAGACAAGAGUGGUGGUGCAGCUUUAAUCAUUGAUUAUGGCUAUGAUAAAAUCGUUAAAUCUUCAUUACAAGCUAUUAGAGACCACGAGUUUGUUGACAUUUUAGAUAAACCUGGUACUGCUGAUCUUUCAGUUUGGGUAGAUUUCCAAACUAUUCGUAAAACUGUUAAAUUGUUAAAAAAUAAAUCAACUGCAAUUGGUCCAGUAGAUCAAGGUAUCUUUUUAAAGGAAAUGGGUAUUGAACAUCGUUUAGCUCAAAUCGGUAGAAAAUUAGAUUCAAAUGAAAAGUUUGAAGAAUUGGUUAUGGGUUAUAAAAAAUUAGUUGAUCCAAAAGAAAUGGGUACAAAUUAUAAAGUAAUUACAAUUUGUGAUAAAAAUAUAACUCCAAUUGGUUUUUCAACUUCAAAAACUUAUGAUGAUGAAGAUUUAAUGAUUUAA